UCCAGGCCGACUCCCUCGGCCAAUGGCGAGGCCGAGCGGAUCGUGUGUCACUAUAACAGAAGGACAUAAUCAGCGCGGUAAGUUUGCAGAACCUUACAGCCAGUCUCGGCCAGCGGGGAGCUCGCUUCUUUCAGCUUUUCUUUGAGGUUGUAAAGUCCACUGUCACCAUGUCUGACACCGAGGAAGUCGAUCAGGUCGAGGAAUACGAUGCUGUAGAAGAGGAGGUAGUAGAGGAAGUAGAGGUGGCCCCUGAGGCGGCCCCUGAGCCAGAGGCGGCCCCUGAGCCAGAGCCAGAACCAGAGCCAGAGCCAGAACCAGAACCAGUGGUAGAGCCAGAACCAGAACCAGAGCCAGAGGCUGAGCCUGAAGAGGAGAAGCCAAAGUUCAAGCCUAGCGCUCCCAAGAUCCCCGAUGGCGAUAAAGUGGACUUUGAUGACAUCCAGAAGAAACGUCAGAACAAGGACCUGAUGGAGCUGCAGGGCCUGAUCGAUGCUCACUUUGAGUGCAGGAAGAAGGAGGAGGAGGAGCUGAUCGCCCUCAAGGAGAGGAUUGAGAAGCGUCGUGCCGAGAGGGCCGAGCAGCAGAGGAUCCGCUCCGAGAAGGAGAAGGAGCGCCAGGCCAAACGUGAGGAGGAGAGGCGGAUCAGGGAGGAGAGAGACCAGAGCAAGAAGGCAGAUGAGGAGGCAAAGAAGAAGUCCGCUCUCUCCAGCAUGGGCUCCAACUACAGCAGCCACCUGCAGAAGGCGGACUCAAAGAGAGGAGGAAAGAAAGAGACUGAGAGAGAGAAGAAGAAGAAGAUCCUGGCCGCCAGACGCAAGCAGCUCAACAUCGACCAUCUGAACGAAGACAAGCUCAAGGAAAAGAUCAAGGAGCUGCAUGAAUGGAUGAGCCAGCUGGAGUCGGAGAAGUUCGACCACAUGGAGAGACUGAAGAGGCAGAAGUAUGAGGUGCAAAUGUACAGGAACCGCAUUGAUGAGUUACAGAAGCACAGCAAGAAGGGAGCCGCCGCUCGCCGCAGAAAGUAGAUGGUCUCCGAAACCAAACUGCGAUGUUCUCGGACACACGCCUGACGAAACAACGCACACUGUGGCGAAGGCCAUCGCUCAGAAGAAGCCCGUAACGCUGAGGUGUUUGCAACUACCCACCCAAGUCCUGACACAUGCAACCAGGAGCCUUUAGCUGCUGCUCAGUAGGAAUAAAGAAACUGACGCUUCCUCGCCCUCAGCUGUUUUGGUUCUCGUAUUUUUGUAAAUAAAGUGUGACACUUCAAGAAGCCAUGUCUGUAGAGCUGUUGUUAUUCAGAAAAUCAAUAAAGUUCCGUAUUUUUCA